AUGCCUUCCUCUUCUGCAGCCGGCCCCUCGAAGCGCAAGGCAGUCUCGGCUCCAGUAGCCGUCCGUUCAUCCAAGAGGAUCCAACUCUUGAAUGAGCAGAGGGCGAGGGAGAACGAUGCGGAGCUUCCGUACACGGGAAAAGGCAAAGGCAAGGCAAGGCAAGUCAUCAUCGAUGAUGACGAUGAUGAGAGCGAGUACUUUGAUGAAGACUUGGACACUGACAUAGGCGAAUGUGCCGUCGAAGACGAGGCCGAUGAAGACGGCGAUUACGAGAGAGUCAUUCCAGACUCUGAAGAUAACGAUGAUUAUGAUGAUGAUGACGAUGAAGAAGAAAGAGUCAUCCCAGAUACCGAGGAUGAUGACGACGACGACGACGACGAUGAUGAUGAUGAUGACAUCGAAGAAGAAGAGGCGGAAGAAGAAUGUGCCUUCCGCACCGAGCGAGAUUGGGUUAUAGACCCCGACUAUAAUCCAAUUGAAAUCGAAGAGCUCCUCAGUGACGAAGAGAUUGAGGACAUCGGGGAGAUCGAGGAGGAAGAGUUACUCGAUGGCGAGGAGACCGAGGAAAUACCAGCGGUAUCCGGAAAUGGCCCAGGCCAAGGGCGUUUCAUUCCGAAGAAAUACCUCUUCGGCUCGGACAAGAGGUGUGGCGCCCCAAGCCAAUUUUAUUCAGUCACUGCGAGCGACCCGAGACGAUGCGAAUCAUUCGAUGAAAAAACUCGUCUCAUCGUUCCUCGGCUAAAGGCGCUCUCCCUUGAGCAUUCGAUGUUCACUGGCGCGGUAGCUCGAAACAAAGGUUUCGAUACGAUGACGAACGGGUUUGCUCGUUUGCUCCAUGACUCCGAUGAAAAUUACAUGGUCGAAUCGUUUUUGAGUGGGGUGCCAGAGUCAACAAAAAUGAUACUCGGCAAAGACAACUUUGGACUCAUUGAGCUAAAGUCACUUCCGCGCCUUUCGGACUCGGAGUUGAGUGAGCACGGCAUCUAUAUCGACAUUGUCGAAAUUGAUGAUGAAAUCGACUGGGACCUAUAUGUUGGUUCCGGUUCAGGUCAGUUUGGUGUGUUCCAACGCUGGGGACCUUACCUUGAGGGCGUAGCGGACAAGACUUACCACGGCGCAAAAAUCGUCAAGCCUGGGUACAAGAUCAACCUGCGUUGUCUUGCACAUUUUGGUUCUGAGCCAGAGCCCUGGCUGAUAAGCUUUGCCGAGAGCAUGUUCAUGUUGUUUCUCGACUCCAUCUAUGACCCCAGGAUAGGCUGGGGAAAGCCAGAUUAUUCCAGCAUAUUUAUCAACGACGAGAUUUACAACGCGGUCAGUGAACUCCGGAAAGAAUGUGGCCUCGUGAAUCUCGAUAUACGAGGAAUGAACAGGACUUGGUCUCUUAUCCAAGGCUGGCAUGGCGCUGGUAUCAAGGCGGGUGCUAUUUGCCCCGAUUGUAAGCGAGUCGUCCCGAAUUUACAUGACAAGUCGUUCAAGCGCACCGAAUGGAUCUACGUCGAUCCUGCACGUCCAUCGGCAACCAACGUCAUGUGCAAGAACUGUGCAUAUCGUAGGCGCAUCAAGGGGCCGACUCGCACCCCAGCUGAGGAAGCACGGCGAGUCGAACUGGCGUCCAUCAAGAGACGCCCAAAACCUGAAAAUCGCCAAUGCGAGUAUGAGGGCUGCACAUCGAAAGGUAGAUUGAGAUGGGUGAGUUUGGAAGACCACAAGAAAUGGUAUUGCUGCGCACACCGGAAUCGUGCGAAAAAAGGCAGGUCAAUGGAACCUACAGUGGUACGUAGGAAAGCGGAUGGCCCUAGGGCUAGGUAUCCCAACCCAGGACGAUGCGAACAUCCUGGCUGCAAUUCAACAAACUCGGUACAAUUUGUCACGAAGAAAGGACACCAGAAGUAUUACUGUACUGGUCACGCAGCCCGUGCGCGUCAGGGAAAACCACUUGGUGGCUCUUUCACAUCACCGAGUAAGGCUACCUAUGCCAAUCCCGGUCGAUGCGAAUACCCGGGCUGCCAAAACGUCAAAAAGGUCCUUUGGUACGGAAAAGAGGGGCACAACAAGUUUUAUUGCGGUGCACAUCGAUCUCGAGCAGCAAGGAACAAACCGAUGGAUCAACCCGUUAUAGAGCGCAAGAGAAGGGAACCAAAGAAAAAGGCGAAGUCUAAGUCCGCGUGA